UGCAUAUGUUCAGCAUCUUAAGUUGCUGCUCAGACGUGGAUGGGGGGCAGGUGCUGCUACAGCCUCAGGGGAGCUCGGGGGGUGGGGGGUUAGUGUCGGGGGAUGAGAGGAGGAUGCCAAAAUCACUUUUUAAUUACUCAGGGGCUGUGCUCGUGUCAUGCUCGGGCCCCUGAGAUCCCGUGUGGCUCAUAAAUAAGCUCUGGAUUUGCACAAUGUGCCUCCAGCACCUGUGAGCAUCACACAGGAUGAUGAAAGACUAUAAUUUUUUCUAUAAUUCAUGCAAAAAUUGCAUGAAUGAAUGAAGGUAAUUUAAGCUGCAAUAAGGAAGGGCUCAUUAGUACUUCAUGAACUAUAAUUCCAAACAAAAAUAUCUUUGUUCAGUGUCACUUCUGCUAUCUGUAGUCACAUACACCCACAUGUGACCUGUCCACAGUGCUCACUGAAGGAUUGCUGUGCAACACAAUCAUGGUUGUGUUCAUCGAGGUGCACACAGAUGCACACAGGAGGCCAAACACAACAUAGAAUCCUAUCAUGUUAUUUGAUAAGUUGAAGUUCUACACAACAGACCAGGAUCAGCAGCAAUUGGUUUGGAAAGACACAGCGGGAUCCUCCUCCUGCACGAGUCAGGAAGCACGAUUGGUCCCACAUGCCAGUCCACAGCUGGUAUAUAUUUAGCAGGCCACCCCAUCCUCACGCACACAUGGACACCAACACCCCCUUUUUCCUAACCACACCUACAUCUCCUCCCUUUUUAUAACUCCUGCCACCUUGUCAGGAAGUGCGUCAUCAGCUCGUCAAGAGGGAGCCUCUGGGGCGAGGCACUCUGAUAUUGUCUCUCCUGCAUCAUGCGUUCUUCAAGAUCACACACACACAUGGACGCACGUGCGCAGACACACACUGAAUACACGAUGGUGAGAUGCUGGGUUAUGUGCAUGAGGCAGAGAGAUGUGCAGGCAUAUGUGUGUGGAGCGCACAUAAGAACGCAGUCAUUUUAAAGCAGUUCUACUGUGUAGCAAAUUCUACCAUUGUCCAGAAUAAAACGUGGAUUUAAUGUCUCUUCUCAAAAAAAAAAGAAAGAAUAAGAUUGGAAUUUGUUGCUUCUCUCUUUCUGACCAUGUUCUUAUUGAAUUUGCUGAUAAGGAUUGAUACUGGGACCCUUCCCAAGGAGCACAGUUUUUCAGUACAAGUAGAGGAACACUGGGAAUUAUGGAGUGAAAAGAGAAAGGAGGGGGUAUUUUUUUCUGGACUAAUGCAACUAAGGCACCUGGAUUAGAGUGUGCAUUUGUGUCUGUGCAGAGACAUGCAUGCACUUGUGUGCCAGUAGCUCCUUAUUCAGACUCGCCUCUUAGUGCUCUAUCACCAGAUGGGAGCCAGCAGUAGAUGUGUGUGUGUGUGUGUGUGUGUGGUAAGGGGUGGUGGUGGUGGUGGGGGACCUUCUUUUGUCCUCCUGCCUGUCACCGAUGGCUUCACAGUGGGGUGAUGAACACACUCCAAAUCUCAUUAAAAAGUGAGAGAAGGGGGGAGAGGGCUUUUAUGUCUGAUGGGUUUGCAGGAAACACUGAACAGCAAGUCCAACUUGGUGCGAGCUUCGUUUAGCUUCAAAUGGGUUUUAAAAUCAGAAUCAUGUUUCAUAGCUGCGUGAUACGGUGCUCAUGAAACACAAUCAGAUUAUAAAGAUAAAUCACAAACACACAUCCCUUGAAGCGUUAUUGAUUUCGUGCUGUCGCCACUUUUGUUCAUCUGAUUUGAUUGGGUACAGUGACGUGACACGUCCUGAUAGAGAGGUCUCAAAGCGAAGAGAUAAAACAAGGACAACACUAUCACCAUCUGCCCUUUUGUUCUGCAUUUAGAGCCCGGCAGAGUACACGCUCCUCACUACUAGAGCUGACCGCGGUGAAUUCAUUUUCUAUUACAGUCAUUUGUUAGAUGAUAACAACCCCCAAAAUACAUGGUAAGCAAUCCUAAUCUUCAAAACAGGCCUUUCAUUAUCUAAAGUUAAACCACUCGCUGUAAUUGCCAGUGCGAAUGGCACAACACCGAGCCCCCUUUGUAAACCCUGCAAUUUACCCAUUAGGGCUAGAAAUUGGUUUGAAAUUGCAGGCGAUUACUUCUCAUCUACAGCAGAAAUCUCACGCAGUUGCUCCUCAACUGAAAAAACACCCUUAAUGCUCCUCACACUCUCUGCUCUCCGCUGUCGACUUCCUGCAGCCAUUUUUAAUGAAAGCCUACCGCCACACAUUUGCAUUCAUCUAAUGGAUUUUGUGUGUAUGUGUGUGAUUGCAGUGAUAAAAUAUUGAUGCCCGGCACCUUUAAGAGGCAAACCCGUGUGACCAGACACCUUGGGACGAGUGUGUGGGAGGAAAGGGACAGACAAUAAACAAAUAGGAUAAAACACACAGGAGACCCCGCCUCUGAUGUUUGCUUCUGAAAGAUCACGGUAAAAAUUGUGCAGCUCAUACAAAGUAGGGAACUAACGCUACAUCUCCCCAGGGUUUCAUAUCACAGCCCAUAAAUUCAGGCCAAUUUUACUGCUAGAUUGUGUGAGUGUGUGUGUGAGUGUGUGCUCUUUAUUAAGUGAUUGAUUUAUCAGUGAUGACUGUCAAUCACAUAAAUUCAUAAAGAGGGCUCCUCAUCAGUAAAGAAAAGCAAACUAGUUCUUGAUGUUCAUGUAAGAUAUAUAAAUCAGUUCUCUGAUUCUAACAUGACAUCUUCCUUUGUCAUUAACACCAUCUCUUACAGAAAUGUACGGCAUCAUUUUGGACAGAUGGUGAGAGCCUUGUUAAAACAUCCAUUAAAAGCAACACCUGUGAGUUCUGCAUUAACACAAUAUCAGUCAGACCACUAGACUAGACCUGUCAGACCAAAGUGGUCUAAGUGAAGGCUGCAGAAAAGAAUCAGAUGAAAAGGAUAAGAUAAUGUCAUGAUCUUUCUUUCAUCAUAUCAGCUUCCUUUGUUAUCUGCUCUGCUUCUUUUGGCUCUCUCUCCCUCCCCUGUUCUCUUCCUCACUCUGUCACUGCUGCAUGGUGACUCAGACACUGCAGAGAUGCUACAUCUGAAUGAUAUACCAGAUGAGUCACACGCUGAUCGGCCGCUGUCCGACUUUCAAUGUUUUAUUUUUAUUUAUUUAUUUUUUUCACGCAUACAAGCACCCACCGGUGGGUUAUAACCUCUGGACCACUGCACAGGUUCAAAGUGCAAAGACAGGGAGCUGUCAUGAUGGACGUACCUGAGAAUGCUUGUUUUCAGGCUCUCCUCUGCACCUACGCUCCACACUAAACAAGCAAUCUGAUUUUAAUGGUGUUUCCUUCACACCGCCCUGACCGCUGUUGCAGGAGCAGCAUGCACAUAGUCGGUAAAUCUGUCAAUCCUCUGCUCCACAGAGGGGCAAGAUUUCUGUUCAUCCCUCGCUCUCUCUGUCCAUCUGUCAGUCUUUCUCCCGUCUGCUCAAACGGUGAGUCGGCAGACUUGGCAUUUAGGGUUUUAAACCACAUACAGACUUUAUUCUGUGCUCUGACACAUAAAACAUGAGAAAAAAGUUUUUGCUUUAACAAGUCAGUGAAGUUGAAAAACUCCCAGGAAUCUGUCAUGCAAAGUAGGGACACUUACUUACUGCACUUCUACUGGUCUCUUUAAGGGUCACCACAGUAGGUCAUCUGCCUCCAACUCACCCCAUCUCUAACAUCCUCCUCUGUCACGCCAAACCUCUACAUGUCCUCCUUCACCACAUCCAUAAAUGUCGUCUGUUGUCUCCCUUGUCCAAUAUAUCCACCGUCCUUCAUUCAAGCUCAUUCAGACCAUGUCAGAAUUUUUUUCUUUGUAUUAUUGUAGGGUCUUGCCUUACAGCUUAAAGCACCUUGAGGCACCUGUUGUUGUGAUUUGAUGCUAUAUAAAUAAACUAACUUUGUCUCCAAACUGCUCAAUCUGUGCUGUCCCUCUGAUGUACUCAUCGUUUAAGCACUAAAGCUUCCAGCUCAGCCUCCCGUCUUUAUGUCAGUGCCACCAUCUCCAAACCAUCCUCCAUCAUAGCAGUUUUUCCAUUCAGUCGCCUUGUGACCACUUUUGAUACUAAGGUGGUUGCACAGGUCACCUGGUGGAAGGCAACCUGCCUCCAAAACAUCGGGUCAAACUUGGACUGACUGGAUUCACUCUCAGACAGACUGGCAACACGUUGCAAUCAGUCGGACUCAGUCUGAACCAAACUUCAGUAAUAAUUUUGUUUGUUUUGCAGUCUCCAGAGAUGAGUGUAGCAUUGACCAAACAGUAAGUGAAAUUCAAACUUAACAGCGCAGAAAUAAUACAAAACUAGUUCCACGUGGGACUUUAACCCAUGUCUCCUGGAUCAAAAUCCCUCACACCACAAAUUGAAAUGUAGGAUUUAAAUCUGGGGCACUGAGUAAACUUGUUAGAUCACUGCUUGCACAUAACCUCUGUUUGAGGCUAGGAUCCAGAUCUACAAAAAAAAUCAUAUAUUGUAUCUGCUUCAGUGUAGCAAGUAAUAAAGCAAUAUAGCAAGUAGUUCCUACUGCUGAUAGAGACUGAAAGAGUUAAGUUGAAGAGUGAUCACAGAAAGGGUGAACCUGGAUGAAUUCACAGAAUUUAAGAGAAAGACAUGUUGAACUACUGAAAUGGCUCAGGGUCUUUUUUACAACAAUAGAUCCAAAUUCAUUUUGUCAAGGCUUUAUAAGCUCCAUAAGCCUCAAAGACUGGAGUGAUGUCCUAUGUCAGUGACAUACACGCCUCAUUGAUGCUGAUAUUACAUCCGCUGGUGACUAAAGAAAUAAAAUCUAAUAAAAAAAACCCUGACACUGUGAAACUUUUUUUUUCUUAUAUCACAAAGAAACCGUUUGUUAGAGCGGCUUUAUGUGAGCUUAUGCAAAACCUGAAUCAUGUGGUGAAAAGCAUCCUUGCAUUUCUGUUCCUAGGCUGUAUUGAUUAGCGCGUGGCUACAUGUAUUAUACCUGUAUGUCCUUGCCUAUUUUGAUUUUUUUUCCUUUCUGUUUCUUUUGUCCAUGUUUCUAAAACUGAGAUGAGUUGCUAUGGAGACCAGGAUACAUGUGUAAAAAGGAAGAGGCAAAAGAGCGAAAUGUAGUGUUCAGGAGACACUUGAAGGACCAUUCAAACUGAGGCUGAAAGAGCGAGCGUACAUUGUACGCCCCUCACAUUUCUUUUUCUUCGGCUUACUGUCUUCUUUUUGACUCAUUAUGCUUCAAAAACACAAAGGCACCAUUUCAUAAAUGUGCAAAUGAUAAUAAACAAAUCAGCAGCUCUCCUCACGCACCUCUGAGUGUGAGUGACGGUCUGAUCUUUCACGUGCUGACAGGGGUUAAGCGACUCGCCAGUGAUAAUACAGCCAUUUCAGGCACUCCAUCACUUGAUAAUUACAUUACACCGGUACUCCACUGCUUCCACUCGCUUCCGGUAAUCUUGUUAAAAUCCCAGUGAUUGGAAUCGUGGUGACAGAGACAAAUGACAGCGGGUUGGCCGCCGGUGGAGCCAAGCCCUCUCCAUGUCUGACUGAAGGUUUUGAAGUGCAUUAAGCCUUUGUCAUGUAACCAUGGAGCUGUAUAGGCAUACAAGCACUGAAAAGCAAAGGCAGACUCUUUAAGUUCUCUAUUAAAAUAAGUCCAUUUGCUAAUUUGCACUUUUAGGAAGAAGCAUGUAUCCACAUUUCUUAAAUGCGGAUACAUGGGUUUCCUACACAAUGGCUACAGACCAUGUCAUUAAAAGUAAACAUGGCUCCCCCUUUGGGCUUGUGAUUGAGUUGCUAUGCUGCCCUCUGGUGUCCAUUUGUUAACACUCCACUGAAACCACUUUGGUGUUUAAGGAUCCUGCAUGCUGGUUUGCUUCAUAUGGAGUACAGACCUGUAAAAAUGUACAGCUUUUUUUUUUUUUUUAGGUUUCAUUAUUCCCCGCUGUAGACUCAAAGACAAAGUACAGUAAUUUCCCAGCCCUGCUUAUAGACCUGCUCCACAUUUAGAUGCUCAGUGUGACAGGUAGCUUAAUUAAAGUAAAGGUCUGCCCUGCAGCUAUUGACCGCCUGGCCUGCCAGCCUGAGCUGAGUUAACCAGCAUUCAUCUGUCAUCUGCAGCACUGGCUGACAUAUUUUUUAUUAGUCCUUUAUAUGAACGCCUCACAGCCUAAUAUCCACAGACAGGCUGUGACACUGAGACAGUAUGAGGGUGAGUGACAUGAUUUAAAUCAGAGCAAAUACCUGUGAGAGAGAAAAACGAGUGACAGACUUCAACAUAAAACUUAACAUUAUGAUUGCAUUAGAAAAAAGGUGCACGGUCAUUUAAAGGAGCUACAUUUUCUUGUUUAGUUUGCAAAACUCUAAAAAUAUUUUAUGAGAGCAAAUGAAGGUUUUAAAAAUUAAACAAAGAAAAAAAAACAAUAAGACAACAAUAAAACUGAUUUAAAGGCUAAUUUAGUUUCAGGAGAUUUUUAGGAUUUUUUUUUUUUUCAGGGGAAUGUUAAGACCUCAAAAUUGCAAUCCAAAACACAGCUAUCCUUUAAAUUAUUCAAGGGUGUAAAUAAUCACUAUAAGGUGAAUCCAACCAUAGAAGACAUCACGGAAAUGCUUUCAUUAGUUGAGAGUUUUACCACAACGAGUAUACUGACUCUCCUUUCUUUCAAUUUAAAUGGCCUAUAAAAAUAUACACAGGUAAUGAUUUGAAUGGGAGGAAAACAGUGCAUAUGAAGUGAAUAAAAAGCCAGUGUAUUCAUCUCAAAUCAGAACAGAAAAAGAGCCAUACACAAAAACAUCUGCAGGACACACGGACACAGAUGCAUUGAGUUAUAUGAAGGAACCUCAUUCCACCUUAAAAUGAAAUCUGCUUUAAUCUGACAGAAUGAUAAAACACUUGUGAGUCUCUAAUAAGUGUGGCCCCAUCUGAUGGACCCCAGGUCCUUUUGACCCAGGGGACCAAUUUGAGUGGUACACAGCACAUGGUGCCGGGCUGAAUUGUCGACCCCCACCUCCGCCACUAGCUCCACUAGCACCAAAAGGGAGCAGGAUUAGGGUUCAGUUGUCUUGGCAACCUAAGAUGCCAUCUGUCAUGUGUGUGCUGAUCCACGUCGUGUAGCUGAGACAUUGUUUUAAUUCAAUCAUUUUUUCAUUGCCAGGCAGACUUGUGUCAGCGUGUAUUUAACUAGGGUGGAGUUAAAAGACGGGGUCUGUGUGGAAAUCUCAAAUGUGAAGCUUUAAGAAAAACAAUCCAGCAGUCGGCCAAGAAAACAAAGAAAGAUGUAGAAGAACACGAGGCCAGAUUCAGUUAGGGGGUCUUAAGAGAGGAAACAAAAACAUGCUGUGAGUAGCUAUGUUGUCUGGCUUUGUUUAACAAUCCGGGCUGUGCUCCAGAUGCUGAUCGGAGGACUAUUUAUUAACUCUGUGGGUGCAUCUGAGUCAUUGUUAAAUUGGUUUAACAGGUCUUUAAAAUAUCAUCAGUAGUUCCGCUCUACUAUACAAGCAAUUCACAGAUUCACACAGCCUCUCUGAAAACAACUGUUGGCUGUUGUAAGAACUACAAAAUGGUUUUAUAUCUAAUCUCAUAUGGGUGUAGCAUGAAGUGAGACUAAUGCACACCGUACACUCAUUAAAAUUCAAUACAGCAAAGGUCAGUGAAUGCUAACCAGUGCAAAUGAGCAGAAGGGCAGCAGGGAGGUGUACUUAUUGAGGGAAGGGGGAGUGUCUGAUAGACGUAGCAACAUGAGGGGGUUGUCCCCCUUGGGGCAGACUGCAAAUGAACCAGCAGCCACACCUGAGACACACACACACACACACACAGACACCAAACACACAUACACAGUGGGGUUAGCUUGUAGCUACUUCCACCACCUACCUGACUGGUUGACACCCCGGAGCUACAACUAUUAAAACAAAACAUCAUCAUCUGAGGAAGUGUAAUUAACAUCUAUGCUGUCUUGGCAGCUUUAAUUAACAUAUUAUAAUAAGAAAAAAAUGUGUUACCACUGCAGAGUCCUUAGCAGAAACACUGCUGAUGUUCAUCUUCUUAACCCAGGUGGCAGAAGGGUAACACAAACAGUUUUAAAUGCAUAUAAAAAAGCAUAAAUGCAUCCAACUGUAUGCAGAAUCACCAUGAAUAUUAUAUGCUUUCUAUGUGUAAAAAAGAACAACUUAUUUCGGUGUUUUGUGUCCUCAUAUUUAUGACAAUUUGAACUAAAAGUUUAACAUUUUGAUUAAUCACUCCAUACUACCUGGACUAUCGAGUGAACUAGACUUUUCAGUCCAGUUCUUGAGUAAUUUGGCAUAGCUCAGCCAUUUUUCUGUUCCCCUUCCUUAACAAUUGCUUCUUGACAGUCACCCUUCAACUGAGACCAUUUCUGAUGAGGGCCAGAUUCCUCUGUCAGGUCCUGUGCCAGGUCUUCGCUACACUUUUCUUCCUAUUUCUUAAGGAAAAGACUUUUAGAUACUGUGCAUAUGCUGUAGAUACAUUUUUAGGCCUGCCAGUUUUUCUUUUCUCCUUCUCUUGUCCAGUUUCAUCAAUUUUCUUAAAGUCACAUUGCACACUAUGCUGAGAUAUGCCAUAUUUUUUGCUAAUAACUCACCAUGCUGAUGGUAUUUUAUGGCUGUCAAAUGCUAUUGUAUGGCUUUGGUAAAUUCAGCUAAAGAAAUGGAAGCAAAGUAUUUGUUUUUGCAACUGGCCAAUGAACACACAUGAUCCUCUUUUCUGAAACACAGUAUGACCAAAAUUGACAAAAUUACAGAUUUUUGUUGUGAAUAUGACCGAAAAUGAGUGACUGAGUCCAUAAACUCAGCAGGGAAGUGUUUUCUGAGAUGAGAAGACUUAUCCAUGGACUUAUGGAAGCCUUUUUGCAAACACAGGGGACAUUCAAAACACUACAUUCAAGUCACUUCCUCACAUGGCUCCACAUUUAACAUAAGUGGAAGAUACAUCCAUAUUUUAUACUGCAGGGGUGCCAGCCUAAAACUAGGACAGCUAACCAUUUGGCUAACUUGCAUCAGACCAGUCAUAAGCAAACGUAAGACUGUCCUCAAACUACAGAGUAGUCUGUAAUCUCCACUCUUUAAUUCUUUAAUUUGACUGAUUGUUUUAAGCAUACAUAUCUGCAAGCACACUUAAUUAAAACUAUGAUAGAGAAACAAAACUCCCAACUCUGAGGCGUUGAAAGAACCAUCUAAAUGUAGAUGGCAACUUCAUGAUUCCAUAGUGUCAUUUUUAAAAAGGUUUUUGUUAUAUUAAACUGGAAACAGUCAUGCAAACUAGAUUUUUUAAAGGAUCUUUGUUUUAAGCAUUUUUAAUAUUCAGUAGCUAUUCGACUGUAAUUGUAAAUGUGUUGCUAUGGGAACCAAGUUUACUCUGUUAACAGCAGGAGGAGGAGAAAAAUGUAAUUUAAUUAAGACACCCUGCUUGAAUAUAUUUCUUUAAACGUGGAGGGGGGGAAAAAAAUCCCCGACAAAAAACGAGGGAACAACAGUAUUUCCUUCUUUUCUCCCACGGUCUAACCUGUCUUCAGCGGUUGUAAGCUGACACCACAAAGUUGCAGGCGUUUAAAAGUGACGGCCCCCUUUAUAUACUUUAGUGUAAAGGGGGCCGUCACUUUUUACUCACAUGUGGCGGACCUGAGGGCGCUGAACAUCUGGUCGUGAGUGAUGUGUGUACCAGAGGAAAAACACGGGUAAGAAGAAGACUGUGAAUAAGAGACAUCUGUGGAAGAAUCCUACAGUUACUGUGAGCGUUUUUGGGAUCCAUCAAAGAUCAUUUGGUGCCGAAGCAUGGACAGUGAAGUUGGAGCAACGAAAGCCACUCUUGGCAGUCCCAUCACCCCGAGGCAGUUGACUGGAUUGGGGGUGAAUGGCUGUCUCUCACUAAGGUACAGACACUCUGGACCAGGCCUGGCCUGUCCCCAGGAGUACCACCAGUGGCUCCCCUACCGCCACGAUGCCAGCCUUCUGCCCAUGAAAGAAGACCUGGCCUUCUGGCUCAACACCAUGAUGGGAGUGCACCUCACAGCAGAUAAUCUGAUGGAGAGUUUGGAUAAUGGCGUUCUGCUCUGUGAGCUGGCUCAGCUGCUGCAGGACAAGAUGAUACACAACAACAAUGGCAAGGUCUUCACAAGAAGAGUGAUCCACUGGCGAGCUGAUGCAACUUCUGGAUCAUUUUUCGCCAGAGACAACACGGCCAACUUCCUCUACUGGUGUCGAAAGAUUGGCGUUGAUGAGGCUUACCUUUUCGAGUCUGAGGAUUUGGUCCUCCACAAACAGCCUCGGGAGGUGUGCCUGUGCCUGAUGGAGCUGGGACGGAUUGCAGCCAGGUACGGCGUGGAGCCACCGGGGUUGGUUAAGUUGGAGAGCGAGAUGCAGAGGGAGGAGGCAGGGAGCUUAUCUCCAUCAUCCCCUCUUUUCAUUUUUCCUCCUCUCUCAUUGUAUUCACCGUCCCAGCCAUCCCUGCCACCUGCCCCUUCUCCCCCUCCCCCUGCACCCGCUCCCCUCACUCCAAGCGCAACCAGUCCAUCUGAACCCCUCGCUGCUUCGCUUGCCUCUGAUCUUCCAUCAGCCACAACAAACCCAGUAACUAUGUUUUCAUCCCCUCCUCAGUCCUCCCUCUCAUCCUGUAAUCCUUAUACAGCCACAGUCUCGACACAAACACCUUUGUUCCCUUCAUCCUGCACCACUAACGCAUCUGCCUCAACUCCGCUGUCAGCGCCUUCACCAGGCCAAACCCUGGAAUCCACCACCAAAGUCUGUCUUACCGCAAUAAACACCCGCCCUCCGACAGCUACACCUCCCACUAACUCCCCACCUGCAGCCCUGACUCCUCGUUCAUCAAACAAGUCAACCAUCAGGAGGAGCUCCUGCACCAGCAUUUUGGAUGACACUGUAAGAAACAUUAUUGAAAAUCCACCCUGCAGUUGUCCCGUCACCUUCCUGGUUGAGAAACAACCAAAGGGCUGUUACCGUGUUGGGGACAAAGUUCUUUAUAUACGAAUGCUGAAUGAGCGUCACGUGAUGGUACGAGUGGGCGGAGGAUGGGAGACCUUUAUGAGUUACCUGAAGAAACAUGACCCCUGCAGAGGAGGGGAAGGAGGAGGAGGAGCAGUGCUGGCAGGUAAAUCUGAGGUCAGGCUCUGUAAGGACAAACCAAAGCCACCCAACUUGAACAUCUCACCUGACAGUUACAUGGUGGUCGGAGCCCAUUAUCGUGGCAAGAAGUAACUGCCUCCGGCUUCAGGUGGCAGCGGGAACUCUCACCUAAUCAGAGCAAAGUGUUCAAGGUCAGUGAUUCAACACAGCUGACGUCCAUUUUACCUCAAGUUAAAAUACAAUCCAACCUUUGCUCCUUAUACACAGAUGUGACUGUUCUUAUAGCUGCGUGAAGUACGCAACUGACUGUGAUUACAAGCUUACUUAACUCUGCGUAUGCCACAGUCGGUUAGGAGGCAAAUAACUGGCAACAAUUUUAUCAAUUCACCCGCUUUCACCGCUUCCUGCUGCUUCAAUUUGUGCUUCAGCAGCUUUAUUUUGAGCUGUAAGAAAUUGCAGCAUAAAUACUUUUGUCAGCGCACCAGCUUUUGGAGGUACUCUAUGCAAUAAUGUGUCUGGUGUAAAGUCAUCUGUUUAGAUUUGUGCAGUUUCUCAAGCUCACAAUGUGUUUAUGUUUGUUUGAACUUUUUUUAUUUUAGACAUCCACAUUCCUUAAUCAUCUGUGUAUUUGGGUUUCAUUGGAUGUUUGCCUGUAAUUAAACCUUUUUUUAAAAUAUAUGUUUAAAAUAAUUGUAAUUUUAAAAAAAUAUAUAGACUUGAUUGCUAUUGUAAGGACUAAAUAAAAGAUUUCUUAAUGCUGCAUCA